CCGCCCACCAUCUUCUGCGCUGCCGGCCCCGCCCCGGAGCCCCGCCCCCGCCUCCCGCCGAUCUCCCGGGCGGCCGCUUGUCCGCCAGCCGGAUCGCGGGUUCCCAGACCCAGUGAGCCCCCAGGCCGGGGAGGGACAUCUGAGGGGGCACCACUCAUCCUUUCAAGGAAGCAUUGCUGGGCCCCAUCCUUCCCGCCCGCCCAAUCCGACCCUCUUGGCAGUGGAACUCCUUGGUUGCCCUGGGGAUCAGGGAAGGCUUCCUGGAAGUGGUGGCUUUCAUGCUACCACUUGAAGGAGGAGAUAGCUGGGCCGAGGAGGAAGGAGCAAGGAGUGCAGAGGCCGGGCGCAGAGAGAAUGGUGCCCAGAAGUCCUGGGACUUCAUGAAGACGCAUGACAGCGUGACCGUUCUCUUAUUCAACUCUUCUCGGAGGAGCCUGGUGUUGGUGAAGCAGUUCCGGCCAGCUGUGUAUGCGGGUGAGGUGGAGCGCCGCUUCCCAGGGUCCCUAGCAGCUGUAGACCAGGACGGGCCUCGGGAGCUACAGCCAGCCCUGCCCGGCUCAGCGGGGGUGACAGUUGAGCUGUGUGCCGGCCUCGUGGACCAGCCUGGGCUCUCGCUGGAGGAAGUGGCUUGCAAGGAGGCUUGGGAGGAGUGUGGCUACCACUUGGCCCCCUCUGAUCUGCGCCGGGUUGCCACAUACUGGUCUGGAGUGGGACUGACUGGCUCCAGACAGACCAUGUUCUACACAGAGGUGACAGAUGCCCAGCAUAGCGGUCCAGGUGGGGGCCUGGUGGAGGAGGGUGAGCUCAUUGAGGUGGUGCACCUGCCCCUGGAAGGCGCCCAGGCCUUUGCAGACGACCCGGACAUCCCCAAGACCCUUGGCGUCAUCUUUGGUGUCUCGUGGUUCCUCAGCCAGGUGGCCCCCAACCUGGAUCUCCAGUGAGACUCCAGGGUUCUAGACAGAGGCCAGUCUUGGCCACUCACCCCACACCCCGCGGACCCCAAUAAAGGCUUGCAUAGCUCCA